ACAAUAAAAUAAGUCUUCUUUCAAACCAGAGUUUUGUGGGCUUGGAAAAUGUGACUUGGAUGGACUUGUCUAUGAACAAACUCACUGUACUUCCAGAUGGUGUCCUAUCUCCACUAAAAAGCCUGGAAAAGCUUGACUUAUCUGAAAAUUACCUGUCUCCUGAAAAAGAGGAUUUCAAUGGCCUAAAAAAGAUCAAACGACUAAAUUUACAUCAAAAUGAUGUCAUUCUUAGGUUGGAGACAUUCAAGCUAGUUCCAAGUCUGGAAGAUCUUACGCUGUCUGAAAACAACCUUUUCAAGAAAAUUGAGCAGUGCUGGUUUGAAAAUUUCCAAUGCAAGCCUUUUGCAACUCUACGGAAUCUAGUUACACUUGACAUAAGUAACAACCUCAUGUUUGGGGCAAGUCUUAUGCGAGAAUUCUUUGAAGGCUUGGUGUCUUUACAGAAUUUGCGUAUGCUACGCACUGGAGAUGUUUGGAGGUGGUUUGAGAACACAACUAUUCUGUAUAGUAUGCCCAACCUGGAAACGCUAAAUAUGAGAGAAUGUAAGAUACAGUAUAUCCCUCACAAUGCAUUCAGCAUACAUUAUUACUUACGGUAUGUGGACUUCAGUGAAAAUGCCAUUGCAUAUCUUCCCAACAACUUAUUCCUGAAUGUCCGGUCUCUCAAAUAUCUGUAUGUAGAAGCAAAUGCCAUUUCAUUCUUGAACGAGUCUAGCUUUGCACCUGUCUUGACAACUCUUGUGAGUUUUGGCUUAGACCUUAGUGAAAACCCUUUCUUCUGUGAUUGUGGGAUAACUUGGUUCGUUAGCUGGGCUGAAGCGAACCCCUCAAAAGUUAUGCUUUGGGGAAAAGAUGGGCUCUAUGUGUGCAACACUCCUGCAUCUUUGCACAGCAGAGAAUUACGGACUUUCCACCCGGACUGUGAUUCUCACUUGAACUUCUACGUGUGCGUGGUCACAACUUUUCUCCUGACUCUGUACAUGUUCACGGCGUUCGUUGCGACCCAGUACGGCCUGUACGUGUGUUACCUCUGGUAUCGCCUUGGUGCCUGGUUCAGGGGUUACGAAGAAAUUAUGGACGGGGAGGCACAGCAGUUUGAAUACGACGCAUUUGUGGCGUAUAGUAGUAACGACAGGAGAUGGGUGUCGCGAGUGCUACGGCCACAGCUUGAAGACUGUCCUCCGCACUACCGACUCUGCUUUGGCGAACGAGACUUUCGCCCGGGGGUGCCAAUAACGGAAAACAUCGGCUGCGCCGUCCGGGCAAGCCGGAAGACCAUCUGCCUGAUCACGAAGAGCUUCGUAAGAAGCAACUGGUGUAACUACGAAAUGCGAGCGUCGGAGGGACGCUACCAUCUCUUUGACCCGCGUCGGGUUAACCUGAUUCUCGUAUUCCUGGAGGAAAUACCGGAACGCGACAUGGAACGCCACAAACACUUGCAAGAUGUUGUAAAGAGAGACACUUACAUUAAGUGGCCAAGGAAUGAGAGGGGAAGGCCACUAUUCUGGGCUAGACUGAGAGAAGCUCUAGGACAACCUUUGCCCGCCAAUCAAGCUAGAAACUGGGACAUUUUUGAGGACAGUGUAUAGAUUAUUUAUAGUUUAUGACAGGAUACAAAUCAUAUACAAUCUACCAACCCCAUGAAGCUUUUUGAACUCUCUUAAAAUGUUCACAACUGGAUAAUCAACCCCUGCAGUUCCAAACAAGCUGCUAGGUCUCCAAUAGCUAGUCAUUCUCUGCUAUAGCCCUUGCUGAUCAGUAUAACUACAUGUAAGUAACUAUUUUAUAUAAUCAGUGUCACUGCAAUAGUUUUUCCUGCUUGUAAACAUGGAGGCAUUUUGGAUUUGUGAAUCUAACUCUGUACACUUGUCAAGUCUUGAAAACAAAAAACACAUUCUCAUGCAAAUUAUUACAUAACCACUAGACGAAAUGUAAUCAGUAAUCAGUUGGUACAUGAUUUAUGCUUGUUUGUUUUGGUGUGCAUUCACACUUCACAGUUAUGGGAAUAUUGCAGUGUGGGAGUCUGACAGGAUGUGGAAAUGGUGACACUAAUUAUAGGAAACGUGGAGCAUUGGAAGU